CUACACGUGGCCGUCCCGCUUUAUAGCCGAACACUGGUUCAUCGAAGCAAUUUGAAGUUAUUUGUUCGAGACCAACUUGCAACAUGUCUGACGAAGCCAAAGACGUCCGCGGAGCUGGUGUGACUGACAGCAGAGCAGUCACAGACGCUACGGCGUGUUCAAUGGACACCACCGAGGCUGACUAUGGCUUCUCAUCCAGCACAAUGAAUUUGGAUCCUGCAGAGGAGUACAAGAUGAGCCACAAGCGGCGAGGACUUGCCCUCAUCUUCAACCAGGAGCGCUUCUUCUGGCAUCUGAGGUUGAACGACAGGAACGGGACCAGGGCCGAUCGCAUCAACUUGGAGAAAAGACUGCGGGACCUGAACUUCGAAGUGAGGGUCUAUGAGGACUACAAACAAGUGGAUUUGAUUACUAAAAUCUCUGAGGCUGCAGCAGAAGACCAUUCAGACGCAGACUGCUUUUUGCUCGCCUUCCUGAGCCACGGCGAGAACGACCACGUUUACGCCUACGACGGCAAGAUCAAAAUCCAGGAUAUCACAGCCAUGUUCAAAGGAGACAAGUGCAGCAGCCUUGCGGGAAAGCCAAAGAUCUUUGUGUUACAGGCGUGCCGUGGAGACAGACACGACGAUCCCGUGACCGUCUGUGACGCUGUGGACAAUGGGAUCAACGAGACGGUGGUGGAUGCCAGCGCCGUGUAUACCCUCCCGGCUGGGGCUGAUUUCGUCAUGUGCUACUCUGUGGCUGAAGGCUACUAUUCCCAUCGGGAGACCAUCAAUGGCUCAUGGUACAUCCAGGACCUGUGCGAGAUACUUCGAAAGCACGGGGAUUCCCUUGAAUUCACAGAGUUACUCACGCUGGUCAACAGGAAAGUGGCGAUGAGGAGCGUCGGGAACUGCGCCGACCGGACUGCGAUUGGUAAAAAGCAGGUACCUUGCUUUGCUUCAAUGCUCACCAAGAGACUGUACUUUCGACCAAAGAAGUAAA